AUGAGUGAAGGGUUACAAAAUCAACAAACAAUUCCAAAUCAAACAGAGAAAGAAACAGAGAACAAGCAUCAAUCAGAACAAAACACUUCAAGAAGUUCACCUAAUUUAGAUUUGAAAAAACAAGGAACUAUUCGUUCAUUUCGUUCUUCAAGAUCCUUAAGAAGUAAUUUGAAAAAUAUACCCAAGGAAAAAGACAAUUUCAAUACCAAUACCACCACCAACAACAAGGAUAAUAACAACAAGAAAACAGUGUUGAGAACUAUUCGUCAGUUGUUUGUCAAGGCUUCUAUUAAUUUAUCAAUAGCUGCUACUAAAUUAAAGAAUUUUGCAGAAGACGCACUUUCAUCAGAUGAAAUUAUUAAUGAACUGUUUUUAGUCACAUCAUCAUCAUCAGUAGAUUCAUCAUUAUUAGAAGGACAAGAACAACAACAACAAUUAGAAGAAGGACAAGAAGGACAAGAGGGUAUUACCAUGAGUGAACCAUCAAAUGAAGUAUCAAAUUCAGAAACUAAUAGUGAAGAAAAUCAAUUAAAUAUAAUUAAUGAAUCAAGUUAUGAAAAUUUUGAUUCUGUUUUAGAAGCUAAAAAAUUACAUAAAGAAUUAGGAGAAGAUAAACCUUUUAUUAAUGGUGAAGAUAUAUGGCAAAAAAGAAGAAAUGCAUGGUUAUAUUCAAAUAAUGAAUUAAAAUCUAAAGCUAAACAACGAUCAUUAGAUAAUUCAUUGGUUGGGAUAUCAAAAGAUAAUUAUCCAAUAAUUUAUAAUAGUUUAAUUGAAAAACAAAAAACUUUGAAAAAACCAAUGAAUUUAAAAGAUGCGCUAAAAGUUAUUAAUGCUGGUUGGAUUGCAAGUAAGAAAUGGGAAAGAGCGACUCAAGGGUUGGCCUGA